AUGGUCAACUCCUGUUGUGGCUCUGUCUGCUCUGAGGAGGGCUGUGGCCAAGGCUGCUGCCAGCCCAGCUGCUGCCAGGCCAGCUGCUGCAGGCCUACCUGCUGUGUUUCCAGCUGCUGCCGCCCCAGCUGCUGCCGCCCCAGCUGCUGUGUGUCCAGCUGCUGCAGACCCCAGUGCUGCCAGUCUGUGUGCUGCCAGCCUACCUGCUGCCGCCCCAGCUGCUGCAUCUCCAGCUGCUGCCAGCCCUCCUGUGGUAGUUCUAGCUGCUGUGGCUCCAGCUGCUGCCAGCCCAGCUGCUGUGUGUCCAGCUGCUGCAGGCCCACCUGCUGCCGCCCCAGCUGCUGCGUGUCCAGCUGCUGCAGGCCCACCUGCUGCCGCCCCAGCUGCUGUGUGUCCAGCUGCUGCAGACCCCAGUGCUGCAGACCCCAGUGCUGCCAAUCUGUGUGCUGCCAGCCUACCUGCUGCCGCCCCAGCUGCUGCAUCUCCAGCUGUUGCCAGCCCUCCUGUGGUGGUUCUAGCUGCUGUGGCUCCAGCUGCUGCCGCCCCAGCUGCUGCCGCCCCUGCUGCCAGCCCUGCUGCCAGCCCUGCUGCCGCCCCUGCUGCCGCCCCUGCUGCUGCCUGCGCCCAGUCUGUGGUCAGGUCUGCUGCCACAGCACUUGCUACCGCCCGACCUGUGUGAUCUCCACCUGCCCCCGCCCCAUGUGCUGCGCCACCCCUUGCUGCUGA